GCCGCAACCGCGGUGGCUACUCGCCCGCGGCGCCCCCACGCAGGCGGGCCCCGCACGCUUAUUCCGCCGCUAGCAGCGCCGCUCAGAUCCUCACCAACCGCCGCUGCGGCAUGCUGCGCUCCACGUCCACGGUCACCCUGCUCUCGGGCGGCGGCAACAGGACGCCCGGGGCACCCAGCAGGAGGGCAAAUGUCUGCAGACUGCGGCUGACUGUACCUCCCGAGAGUUCAGGUUCUGAGGAAAGUGAAAAGAAGAUUGAAAGAAAAGAGCAACAUCCUGGCCCAAGCAAUGGGGAGCCGAGCAGGAAACUUCCUCAGGGUGUUGUCUAUGGCGUGGUGCGAAGGUCAGAUCAAAACCAGCAGAAGGAGAUGGUGGUGUAUGGAUGGUCCACCAAUCAGCUGAAAGAAGAGAUGAACUACAUCAAGGAUGUGAGAGCCACUCUGGAAAAAGUAAGGAAGCGAAUGUAUGGAGACUAUGACGAAAUGAGACAGAAAAUUCGACAGAUCACCCAGGAACUGUCGGUCUCACAGGCACAGAAGGACUAUCUGGAGGGUCACAUCCAAACGCAGUCAUCAGCCCUGGACAGCUUUAAUGCCAUGAACGCGGCUUUGGCAUCAGAUUCCAUUGACCUGCAGAAAACGCUUGUGGAUGUCACUUUGGAAAAUAGCAGCAUUAAGGAUCAAAUCAGAAGUUUGCAGCAGACGUACGAAGCGUCCAUGGACAAGCUGCGGGAAAAGCAGAGGCAGUUGGAGGCCGCGCAAGUGGAGAACCAGCUGCUGAAAAUGAAGGUGGAGUCCUCCCAUGAAGCCAACGCCGAGGUGAUGAGGGAGAUGACCAGGAAGCUGUACAGCCAGUAUGAGGAGAAGCUGUGUGAGGAGCAGCGGAAGCACAACGCCGAGAAAGAGGCGCUCCUGGAAGAAACCAAUAGUUUUCUGAAAGCGAUUGAAGAAGCCAAUAAGAAGAUGCAGGCGGCAGAGAUCAGCCUAGAAGAGAAGGACCAGAGGAUUGGGGAGCUGGACAGGCUGAUCGAACGCAUGGAAAAGGAACGCCAUCAGCUGCAGCUACAGCUCCUGGAGCAUGAAACUGAAAUGUCAGGGGAAAUAACUGAUUCUGACAAUGAAAGGUAUCAGCAGCUGGAGGAGGCAUCCGCCAGCCUCCGGGAACGGAUCAGACAUCUAGAUGACAUGGUACAUUGCCAGCAGAAAAAAGUCAAGCAGAUGGUUGAGGAGAUCAUGUCACACGAGCUCUUCUCCAGAUUUAGUCUCCGGCUCUUUGGAAGAUGACACAGUGGUAGCCUGCCCUGGGUUGGAAGCGAUUCCUUUAUUGUCGUGAUUAGAAGAACACUUGUACUCUCUCUGCUGGGAAGAGGUGGCAUGUAGCUGAUGAGCUGAUGACCCAAACAGGAAGGACAUGCUAUUAAAAGGAAAACUUGGCCAUGCAGGGCUCUGAAUUGUGAAAGCACCAUUUUUGUCUGUCCUCAACUCGUACGGCCUCACACACACUUCCAGAGUCACAAGAACUCCACGAUCCACAGAGUAUUUUUAGAAACUUGGGUUCCUAGACAUCAAAGAAGGAGCUGUGAUGAAAAACAGUCCUAAAAUACAAUUCAGAAAGUACCAGGUGGAGGCUGGUCCUAAGAUCUCGGACAGUGGAGCCUCACAAGUGGAAGAGCUGCCAAGUGCACCUGCUAAGGAGAUAGGAACUGGGUUUGAAGACCCCCGGUGCUCCGGGAAGGAAGUGCUGCUGCCAGAUGGCCCCCCAGAAAAUGCAGAAGCAGCCGCAUGUCCAUGUAGUUUGAUCAUAUUUGUAUCUGAGGGUUGGCCCUGUGGAUGUCCUCACUGAGUGGAGAUGAACAGCACUAGUCGACUUGGCACUCUUCCUGACUGUUUAAGAAGUUUGGUUGGUUUCUAUCACUGCAAGCAUUUUGCCUGACCAGAUAGUUCAACUAACUUCAUGAAAAGGAGAAUCGUAUCUGAUGAAGAAAGAAAUAUUCACCAAAAUAUACUGAAGUGAAAUACGUGUACUUCAUGCCUGCUUUAUUUUUCUGCAGGUCUUCUUGAGACAGUCUAGUCUACCAAUACUACUGAAAUCUAGUUAGUAGUAUUGGUAGCAGCAGGGGUGGUAAUAGUCAUUGGGUGGUAUUAGCCCACGUAGGCUAGUAGUCUGGUCUAAUCAAGUGAGUUCAUUAAGGGGACAAGAAUCAACUAGAUGUUGGGUCCUUCUCCACUCUCACCACUUCUUCCUGGCAAGUGGACAGGCAGAUGCUUUCUUGUCAAUAGUUGUCUUUGAUCUUUCAUUGACUUGCUUCUGUUCAGCUUAAGUAAAUAGGCAGAGAAUGAGAAAGGAAGCAGACGAAUAGUUUUCCAUAUUAGUAAUGAACUGUUAAUGCAGUGAACCUGUGUUGCUAUUCUGUUUAAGUGAAGGUCCCCAGAUGCUCUGCUGGGUAUCAGACUGACUCAGGGAGAUCUGAGUCGGAUUCGAGAGUUGCAGAUCUACACAUCUGCAGUGCUGUGACCUACAUCUUUUAUAGGGAUAUGUAUCUUCACUUCCCUCAUAUUUUUCUAAGUAUCUGGUGGAAAAGUUCCCGGCUUUUGUUGUAGUGGAAUAGAUCUGUUACCCAGCUUCAAAAAAAAUGAAAUAGUAUGAAAUGGAAAUGUAAGGACAUGUGGAGGAAGUAGCUGUGAUGUCAGCCACUCUCCCAGAACCUUGUGCUCUUCUCCUGCCCUUGGAGACUCAUCCCCCCUUUUGGGUGACAGGCAGUGAGAGCCUGGAGGCCCGGGGGGCUUUAUUCCAUGGGGCAGAGCGUGGGUGAGGCGCCCAGCCUUUCUGCAGGCCCCGACAGUGCCUCCAAAAUUUUAUGCCCUUGGCGCCUCAUGGGCCUCCCUGAGAACUGGCACCGGGUCCAGGCUAGCUGGCCACUUCCUUGAUCAGGGUCCCAGCCUGAUGGGCCCUCCUCCCUCUGCUCCUCCCUGUCUUUGCCUGUGUCCCUCGGUUCUGCCAGGAUUGAGAUACAGUGUGAACUUAAAUGACAUUGGUGCUGGGUCCAUGGACUCCUAACCAGCAUUCAUCCUUUAUUACUUCUUUUGUUUUUAAUUGACAACAAUUUUAAAUACAGAAAAUUAUAGAGACUGAUAAAAACAAAAACCCUGGAACGCUCCUGUAGCAUUGACAAAUGUUAACAUUUUGGCAUAUUUCAGAUCUUUGCUAAAUAAAAGAAAACAUUACAAAGAGGAGGUUCUCUUUUUAUUCCUCCCUAGUUCUGAUAUUGUCCUUCUGCCUCCUUCCUCCAUCUUCAGAGGCAGUUUGGUCUCUUUGCAGACCACGUGUUGAGGCUUUACUACCUGCAUGUGUCUAUUAUCAGUAUAUAGCUUAGUUUAUGAUUAAACAUGUAUGUAAAUUUUUAUUCAUAAUAUGUAAGUAAGUAAAAAUUAUAUAUAUAUAUAUAUAUAGAGAGAGAGAGAGAGAGAGAGAGAGAGCACAACUUGUUUUCCCAAUUUUGUGUUUGAUGGUGUUACAUAUAGAGAUAAAUUAUUCCUUUUAAUGGCUGUCUAAUUAUCCAUUAUAUGAAUAUACUGUAAUGCGUCCUAUUGAUAGACAUUUAGGUUUUUUUCCUAAAUUUGUAUUUUUACAAACAACACCCAACAUGUCUCUGUGCUUCUCCGACUGGGGACUGUACUUGGAGGAGGAUGGCAGAGCCUGGGCGCAGGCACCGUCCACUCUGCCCGGCGCUGCCCAGGCGCUGUCCGGAGGGCGCAGGCUGGCAGCAUCUCCGCGCCGCCCCCACCUCCCGGCACUGCUGGGAGGUAGUUUUUGCCGUAGCGAAAUGGUGUCUCUUCCUUUUGAUUUUGAUCUGUGUCAGCCUGAUUACUACUCAUUAGCCUGUCUUCCUAAGCUUAUGUUAUGGCUGUUCAGGCCUCCAACCUUAGUAAUUGGCCAUUCAUAUCUUUGUUUAUUUUUCUCUUUGGUUGUUUGUCUUUUUUUCCUGCUGAUAAUAUAGGAACUCUGUAUACUAUCAAUAUUCAUUAUUUAUCAAAAAAUAUUUAAAUGCUAUUAUUUUCUACAAGUCAGUGGGUUUUUUUGUUUGUUUAUGGUGUCUUGUAUAUUAUAGAAGUUUUUAAUUUUGGCAUAAAGUUAUUAAUAUUUU